UAGUGGCAGUGUUUUUUGGCUAUUAAAAGCUUGAUCCCCGUUCAUGAGGCAGUACCCUCAGUGAAGUCUGAAGAUGGCCCAGAAAGGUGAACCGCCAUUUCUCCUCUUCCUCUUCUCGCUCCUCUUCCUGCUGUCGCCUCCGUGUGACUGUGACCCUCAGGAUGCUGGCUCCAUGGAUGUAUCCAGUCCCGCUGCAAGCAACGUCUCAGACAUCGCUAAAGAGGUAGCUGGCUAUGCUGACGUGGCCCAACAGAUCAUUGACCUGGCUGUGUAUGGAGCUGCCCAGAAUCGCUCUUACAACCGGCUGGCCGACUUCACCGACACCAUAGGGAACCGUAUCAGUGGCUCGCACAACCUUGAGAGAGCCAUCGAAUACAUGUUCAAUGCUAUGACACAGGAUGGGCUGGAUGUACUUUUAGAGCCAGUCAAAGUCCCACACUGGGUGAGAGGGAACGAGAGUGCUGAAAUGAUUGCACCAAGGGCCAAAAGUCUGGCUAUACUGGGACUGGGAAGCAGUGUAGGGACACCACCUGAGGGUAUUGAAGCAGAAGUAUUGGUUGUUAAUUCAUUUGAGGAACUGAAGCACCGCGCCAACGAGGCCAUAGGGAGGAUUGUUGUCUACAACCAACCAUUUGUCAACUACGACACGUCAGGGCCUUACCGUGUUGAUGGUGCCUCUGAGGCAGCCAAAGUGGGAGCUGUGGCCGCGCUCAUUCGAUCUGUUACUCCAUUUUCUAUUAACAGUCCCCACACAGGUGUGCAGCACUACCAAGAUGGAGUGAACCACAUCCCCGCAGCCUGUAUCACUGUGGAGGAUGCUGAGCUGAUGUGGCGCAUGGCACAGAGAGGGCAGAAGAUCAUUGUCCGACUCACAAUGGGAGCCAAGAACUUGCCGGAUGCUUUCUCCUAUAACACAGUGGCUGAGAUAAAAGGCUGGCAACACCCUGAGCAGGUUGUCUUACUGGGCGGCCAUUUGGACAGUUGGGAUGUGGGCCAAGGUGCCAUGGAUGACGGAGGUGGAGUCAUGAUUUCCUGGGAGGCCCUGUCACUCAUCAAAAACUUAGGUUUGCGUCCGAGGAGAACCAUGCGAGCAGUGCUGUGGUCAGCUGAGGAGCAGGGUGGGGUUGGCUCAAAGCAGUACUUUGAUCGACACAAGGAGAACAUAUCCAACUUUGACCUGGUCAUGGAGUCUGACUUGGGGACAUUUACCCCCCUGGCUCUGCGGUUUUCUGGCAGUGAUGCAGCAAGAAAGGUGAUGGAAGAAGUGAUGAAACUGUUGGCUCCCAUUAAUUUGACCAAACUGGAGCCAGAUGCAGACGGGGAAGACAUCAAACUGUGGAUGCAAGCAGGAGUGCCAGGGGCUACCCUCCAUGUGGAAGACAGUCGAUACUUUUGGUUCCACCACACUGAGGGUGAUACCAUGACUGUCCAGGACCCUCAUGACAUGAACCUCUGCUCAGCACUGUGGACUGUGGUUGCCUACGUCGUGGCAGACCUGCAGGACAUGUUGCCCAGGUAGACAGUUAGCAAACAUGAUACUGAGGCCCCUAGUGAACAGGAAGACAGGAUGAUGACUAUGAACAGCUGGACUGGUUAAUUUCAAAACCAGCUGUUUUUUCAAAAGAAAAAAAACGGAUUGAGUGGAUGAAUUAAGAAAUCUUUGUUUACAAAUUGUAUGUGAAUCAGCCAGGGAUAAAUUAGUAAAUCUGAGAGAAGAUAAAACAGAGAUUAAGUGACCUCUCUGUAAGUGGGCAGUGUCAUGAUUAUCUUGAAUGUAAAGCAGGAUAAAAUCUAGUCAGGACUACAGAUGUCAAGGUUUUACUGAAAAUCCAGAGCAACAUAAUAGAUGCUGAUAUGAUCACCUUACAUAAUGAUUUAAAUGACUUUUAGCAGAGAGGAGCGCAUUACUAAGACAAAUUAAUUACCUUUUUUUUCUUAAGUAAAAAGCUGUUUUCUAAAUGCUGGGUUACUGACUGAGACAACACUAAGAAAAUUUGUGGACUUCUCAAGUUUCACCCACAUAAUGACCAUUUUUGUAUCAUUUAGUCAUGCUGUCUUACCUUGAAUUCUUGAGGAAAACACAUUGAUUUAUUGUUUGAUUAAGAACCAUUUUUGACAAUAAAAAAAAUAUCAUCACAAAAUAUAACAUUUGUUUG